AUGGACAAGCAUGGGAUGAACGUCGUGGACGGGGCCAGCGCCCUGCCAGCGCCUCUGCCAUAUUCGCAGAACACCGAGUCCUCGAGCAAAGGUGAACGUACAACACAAGCUGCGAACGAUGAACCUGAACAUCGCUCCAAGUGGAGGCUUUAUCCGGCGAUGACUGCCCUCUACCUGACUCUGUUUCUCGCGGCAUUGGACAUCACCAGUCUUGCGACCUCCAUUCCCACGAUCGCGGCCGAACUCAACUCGGCUGCAGGUUACUCAUGGAUCGGCGGUGCGUUCCUCAUUGCAGACGCUGCAACUGGUCCUAUCUGGGCCAAGAUGUCCGACAUCUUCGGAAGAAAACUCGUCAUUUCUUUGUCGUUAUUGUUCUUUGCGAUCGCUAGCAUCAUCGGCGCCCUGAGCAAUACAAUGAACAUGCUCAUAGCAGCGAGGGCGAUUCAAGGCGCUGGCGCCGGGGGAAUGGUCUCACUAGUCAAUAUCACCGUAAGCGACCUGUUCGGCCUCAGGGACGGAAGGGCUCUGAUAUUGGGCACGCUGGAAGCUGUGUGGGCUGUCGCUGGUGGAGCAGGACCUAUGAUCGGAGGAGCGAUAACCGAAAACAUUGGCUGGCGAUGGAACUUUUGGAUCAAUCUGCCCAUAGUAGCUAUCGCUCUCGCGCUGCUUGUCAUUUUCCUCGAUGUCCACAAUCCUAGGACGCCUUUCUGGACUGGGAUUGCAGCGGUCGACUGGUACGGCAUCUUCGCAUUGCUUGGUGCCAUCGUUCUUUUGCUUCUCGGGUUGAACUUUGGCGGCGUAACGUACGCGUGGGACAGCCCGGAAGUGAUCUGCCUCCUUGUCUUUGGCGGCUUGAUGAUCGGUGUUUUCAUUGCCAUCGAAUGGAAGCUGGCAAGAUACCCACUUAUGCCACUGCCCCUCUUCCACGACCGAUCGAACAACUCUGCCUACCUGGUCGCCUUCACUCACGGAAUGAGUUACAUCUCGGUGGAAUACUACCUGCCGCUCUACUUCCAGAGUGUUCGGCAAGCUUCGCCUACAAUGUCCGGUGUUCUUGUACUUCCGGUGACGUUGAGUGAAGGCGUGGUCGGGAUAAUUGUCGGCAUUCUGAUUCACAAGACUGGGCGAUAUCGCGAAAUCAUAUGGGUCGGAAAGCUGAUGUUGACCUUGGGCCUGGGUCUUUUCGUCCACCUGGGAGUGUCUUCGGGGAUCGCAGAGAUCAUAAUCUUCCAACUUAUCGCAGGUGUCGGAUCUGGUCUCCUCUUCGAACCGCCUUUGAUUGCUGUGCAGAACAACGUGCAACAAUCUGAUACUGCAACAGCUACUGCGACACUUGGUCUCAUCCGGAACCUUUCCACCUCGAUAUCCGUCAUCAUCGGCGGAGUGGUGUUCUCCAACAGCAUGAACAAUCGUGCGUCUUGGCUUACAGCUCAAGGUGUACCAGAGUCUACAGCGGCGGAUUAUGCUGGCGACAAUGCCUCGGCAAAUGUUGAGAUGAUUCCCGAUAUUGACAACGCGGCCGAUCGCGUAGCGGUGCAACAGGCUUUCGCAUGGGGGUUACGGAAUAUGUGGAUCACAUUCUUGGCUUUUACUGUGGCAGGUUUGGUAGCUGGGUUCUUCAUCAAGCACAAGAAAAUGGAUCAUGAGCAUACGAGAACCAGGACGGGUCUGGAGCAUAUGACCGACCGAAAGACCAAGAAGCAGCAGGACGCAGGCUCGCCCCGAAAUGACGAAGCGAAAGAGAAAGAAAUGGCUUGA